UAAAAAAACCUAGAUACUUAGUACGAAAAAAAAUUAAACAUCGGUUUUUCGAUGAAGCUUUCAAAGGGGAAGCUCCCUCUAUCCCUUAUGGCCAUCAUCAUCAGUGCCGUGGCAUUUUCCGGGGUGAUCUUUACGGAGGAUCUUCGGUUUCUUACCGAGGAGAAAGAGAAAUCCAUGAGGAAAGAUGAGUUGAUAGAUGAAGAUAAGAUUGGAUUCAAUCCAAGUGAGUGUCAAGUAAUGGAUGGGCAAUGGGUGUUCAAUAGUUCAAUGGAACCACCCUACACUGAACAGACAUGUCCUUACAUUGAAAAACAAGUAGCAUGCCAAAGCCAUGGAAGGAAAGAUAAAGAUUUCUUACACUGGGAAUGGCAACUUGAUGACUGUACUUUACCAAGGUUUAAUGCAAGAGUUGUUCUUGAGAAGUUGAGAGGAAAGAGGAUGAUGUUUGUAGGGGAUUCACUUCAGAGAGGACAAUGGCUCUCAUUUGUUUGCAUGUUGCAAGCUGGAAUACCAGAAGAUCAAAAGUUUAUGAAUAGAUCAACCCGCUCUUUAGCUGUUUUCGGAGCUAAGGAGUUCAAUGCAACAGUGGAGUUCUAUUGGGCACCAUUCCUCAUUGAAUCAAACUCUGAUCUUCCUAUAAUCACAGACACAACUAAAAGAAUCCUUCAUGUGGAUUCAAUAGCAAAGCAUGCAAAGAAUUGGGUUGGAGUUGAUAUCUUGGUCUUUAACACUUAUGUUUGGUGGAUGACUGGACAUAAGCUCAAAUCUGUGUGGGGAUCAUUUUCAAAUGGUGAUGAAGGGAAUGAAGAACUUGAUAUUGUAUUUGCCUAUAGACUUGGCAUGAAGACAUGGGCCAAUUGGGUUGACUCAAAUAUAGACCCAAACCUCACAAGAGUUUUCUUCAUUACCAUGUCCCCUGCUCACAUGAGGAGUGCAGAUUGGGGCAAUGAGAAGGGAAUCAAAUGCUAUAAUGAAACAAAACCGGUGAUGAAAAGGGGACAUUGGGGAAGUGGUUCUAAUAAACAGUUGAUGGAAGUAGUGUCAAACAUUAUAGAGAAAAUGAGAGUUCCAGUAACAAUAGUAAACAUAACACAACUCUCAGAAUAUAGAAUUGAUGGUCAUGUAUCUGUGUAUACUGAAACAGGGGGACAAAAGUUGACUAGAAAACAAAAAGCUAACCCCAAACGUUAUGCUGAUUGCAUACAUUGGUGUUUGCCUGGAGUUCCAGACACUUGGAAUCAAGUUCUUUAUGCAUAUUUGUGAGAGUUUCUUUGGCGUUGGAGUUUCAUGUAAUCAAUCAAUUCCAAUGUUAAUUAAUUUUUUGGUA